GCCUUGACGCCUGGUUGGCUACUCACCAUAAGUCCUUGAGCGUAAUUUAGUGCUGGCAACUUUGAUUCUUCGAGAAUGCUGUCCAGGUGCUAUGGUUUACAGGGUGCACAAAAGUUAUGGCUUUGCAGAUUAUAUUUGUCCAAAGGAUUGUCCAGCAAAAUGUCAACAUCAUCAUGGCAACAGUUGAUUCCAGAUAAUAAAGCACUGUAUUCGGGAAAAUGGCAACCUUCUCUGUCAGGGAAAACAUUCUCAGUUUUAAAUCCAGCUACUGGUGAACGCUUACGUUCAGUUCCAGCUUGUUCUAAAGAAGAGUGUGAAACAUGCGUAAAUCUAGCUUCAGUUAGUCAAAAGGAAUGGGCUGCAAAAUCUCCAGAUGAACGCUCUUCAGUUAUACGGAAAUGGGCGGACAGUAUUCGUGAGAACGUUGACUCUCUGGCAGCAUUAAUUACAGCGGAAAAUGGGAAAUCAUCUUCGGAUGCUCGUACUGAAGUACUGACAGGUGUUUCAGCUUUGGAAUGGUAUGCUGAAGAGGCUAAACGAGUUUAUGGUUAUCAUGUACCAUCACUGCGUUCUCACUUACGACAACAACUGAUUGUUCAUCAGCCAGUUGGUGUUGUAGGUGUAAUUACUCCGUGGAAUUUUCCACUUUCUAUGAUUACACGCAAAGUUGGUGCUGCUUUGGCCUCUGGUUGUUCUGUGAUUGUUAAACCAGCUGAAGAUACUCCUUUGUCAGCUUUGGCUAUUGCUUACCUUGGUGUUGAAAAAGCAGGAAUACCUUCAGGUGUUUUAAAUGUUAUUACAGCCAAGGGUGGUGAAGAAGGAGCUGAACAGGUUGGCAAUGUGUUUUGCAGUCAUCCUUCUGUCCGAUUGAUUGGAUUUACUGGUUCUACAAAAGUUGGAAUGAUGUUGUACGCUAAAGCUGCUAAUUCUGGUAAACGUGUUCUCCUGGAAAUGGGUGGUAAUGCUCCAUUCAUUAUUUUUGACUCAGCCAACAUUGAAAAGGCUGUCAAUGGUACAGUGGGCUGUAAAUUUCGUUGUUCUGGACAGACCUGUGUAUCAGCAAAUCGUAUAUUUGUCCAUGAAAGAAUAUAUGAUAAAUUUGUUAGCAGAUUAUCUGAAGCUGUUUCUCGUCUUCAUAUGGGGAAUGGUGCUAAUCCAAAUGUUAAUUUAGGCCCAGUUAUUAAUGAGAAUGCAUUAAAUAAGAUAGAUGGUUUAGUUCGUUCAGCGAUAAAAAGUGGUGCACAAGCAAUAGUCGGUGGUCAAGGCAGAUUAAUGGGUAAAGAUUCCUCGGGUUUUGAUUAUUCCAAGGGUUACUUUUAUCCAGCAACUGUUCUAUCGAAUUGUCACACAAAAAUGGAAUGUAUUGAACAAGAAAUUUUUGGACCUGUUGCAUCGAUUUGCAGGUUUAAAAGUGAAGAAGAGGUAAUCGAGGCAGCGAAUGAAACAUUCUAUGGUUUAGCUGGAUACAUUUAUACAGAGAAUAUAAAUCAAGCUUGGCGGAUGGCAGACAGAUUACAAGUUGGAAUGGUUGGUUUAAACACGGGGUUCGUUAGUACACCUGAACUACCAUUCGGUGGAGUUAAGAAUUCAGGUAUUGGACGUGAAGGCGGACCGCAUGCUUUACAUGAAUUUAUGAAUGUUAAAACAAUCACCUGGGAUAUAUCAGAAAAUUAAAAAGAGAAGAUGUUGUGAAAUGUUACUCUCUUUUUUUCUUGUUUUACAUACCAAAAAUAACUUUUUUUUCAAAAAAAUAUACUUAUUUUAUUUUUCGAAUCGAU